AUGUAUUCUGCAGAGUGGAAAGACAAGUCGCGGGACCGAACCCGCAAGUUCGUCCUCGAAUUUCUUGACACCACCAAAAGCAAGCAUCUUGUUGACAUGAAAACCCGCAAGUUCGUCCUCGAAUUUCUUGACACCACCAAAAGCAAGCAUCUUGUUGACAUGAAAACCCGCCCUCUCGUUGGCAAGAAGGAUUACACAUCCUGGCUGUUCGCAAUGGAGACCAACCUUCGCAUGCAUCAGGUCUGGGAAGUCGUGGAAGGCGAUCUUACCAUGCUGGUCUCAACUGACGAUCUGUACCCAGAUCUCAUGAGAAUGAAUGACAUUGGGUGCGCGGUCAUUUAUGCCAAUAUCUCCCAGCAAGUACGGGUUUGCCCAUGCGUGUUCGGUUCGCUCCGGUACAGGGACCCGGGUAUUCUGAUGAACGCCAUCAACGAGCACUUCGGCCCCGACAGCGAGGAUAUUGGGGCCUGA